AUCGCUCACCACCAUCAGACAACGGGAGUCACCGGCGCCGAACGCACUCAGUUUCUCAGCCGACGCUUAAAAAAAGAGCGAUAAACCGAACACCCUGCUUUCGCUGCGUCCCCGAAACGACAUGGUGGACCGAGUGGCUUUGCUGCUGCUGGCCGCGGCGGCUUCGACUCUGGCUGUCGAGGUGCCCACGGACGGCUCCAUGGGUCUCCUGGCCGAGCCCCAGGUGGCCAUGUUUUGCGGUAAACUCAACAUGCACAUCAACGUGCAGAGCGGGAAGUGGGAGCCGGACCCCUCGGGCACCAAGAGCUGCAUCGGCACCAAGGAGGGCAUCCUGCAGUACUGCCAGGAGGUGUACCCAGAGCUCCAGAUCACCAACGUGGUGGAGGCCAACCAGCCGGUCAGCAUCCAGAACUGGUGCAAGAAGGGACGCAAGCAGUGUCACAGUCACAUGCACAUCGUGGUGCCCUACCGCUGCCUGGUGGGAGAGUUUGUGAGCGACGCCCUGCUCGUUCCUGACAAGUGCAAGUUCCUGCAUCAGGAGCGCAUGGACCAGUGUGAGAGCCACCUGCACUGGCACACUUUAGCCAAGGAGUCCUGCGGAGACCGCACCAUGAACCUCCUCGACUACGGGAUGCUGCUGCCGUGCGGCAUCGACCGCUUCCGAGGGGUGGAGUUCGUGUGCUGCCCCGCCGAGGCGGAGCGGGACGCCGACAGCGCCGAGCAGGAUGCUGAUGAUUCUGACGUGUGGUGGGGCGGACCCGAGACUGACUACUCUGACAACAGUAUGGUGCGGGAGCCAGAGCCAGUGGAGCAGCAAGAGGAAACCAAGCCAUCUGUGGUAGAGGAGGAGGACGAGGAGGAGGAGGCAGAGGAGGUGGUGGCCCGGGAAGACGACGACUACGAAGAGGAGGAGGAAGAGGACGUGCUCGACAACGACCAGGACGGAGACGGAGAGGAGGAUGAAGAGGUGGUUGAGGAGGAGGAGGAGGCGGAUGAGGAUGAGGAUGAGGAGGAAGGGGACGACGCUGACGUCGUCGAAACGCUCGACGACGACGCCGACGAGCCCACCACCAACGUUGCCAUGACGACAACCACCACCACCACCACCGAGUCCGUGGAAGAAGUUGUCAGGGAUGUGUGCUGGGCCAGUGCAGAGACAGGUCCGUGCCGGGCCAUGCUGCCCCGCUGGUACUUUGACCGCGAGGAGGGCCGCUGUGCCCAGUUUAUCUACGGCGGCUGCGGAGGCAACAGGAAUAACUUUGAGUCAGAGGAGUACUGCAUGUCUGUCUGCAACAGCGUCAUACCCACAGCCACGCCCAGCUCCCCAGACGCAGUGGACCACUACCUGGAGACGCCUGCUGACGAAAACGAACACGCCCACUUCCAGAAAGCCAAAGAGAGUCUGGAGGCCAAGCACCGCGAGAGAAUGUCCCAGGUGAUGAGGGAGUGGGAAGAGGCCGAGAGGGAAGCCAAGAAUCUUCCACGCUCAGAGAAGAAGGCUGUGAUUCAGCGUUUUCAGGAAAAGGUGGAGGCGCUGGAGCAGGAGGCGGCCAGCGAGCGCCAGCAGCUGGUGGAGACCCACAUGGCCCGGGUGGAGGCUCUGCUCAACGACCGCCGCCGCCUCGCUCUGGAGAGCUACCUGACCGCGUUGCAGCAGGAACCCCCCAGGCCCCGUCAUGUCUUCAGCCUGUUGAAGAAGUACGUGCGUGCCGAGCAGAAGGACAGGCAGCACACCCUCAAGCACUUCGAGCACGUCCGCAUGGUGGAUCCCAAGAAGGCAGCUCAGAUUAGACCUCAGGUGCUGACCCACCUCCGCGUCAUCGAGGAGCGCAUGAACCAGUCUCUGGGACUUCUCUACAAAGUGCCCGGCGUGGCCGACGACAUCCAGGACCAAGUUGAGCUCCUGCAGAGGGAGCAGGCGGAGAUGGCCCAGCAGCUGGCCAACCUACAGACGGACGUGAGGGUGAGCUACGGAAACGACGCCCUGAUGCCCGACCAGGAGCUGGGAGACGACCAGACCGAGCUGCUGCCCCAGGAGGACACGCUCGGCUUCGGGGGAGUCGGCUUCAUCCACCCCGAGAGCUUCAACCAGCCCAACACCGAGAACCAGGUGGAGCCAGUGGACUCUCGCCCCGGCCUCGACAGAGGCGUCCCCACACGGCCAGUGACUGGAAUGAAGAUGGAGGCCAUCCCUGAGAUGCGCAUGGAGACGGAGGACAGGCAGAGCACCGAGUAUGAAGUUCACCACCAGAAACUGGUGUUCUUCGCGGAGGACGUCGGCUCCAACAAGGGCGCCAUCAUCGGCCUGAUGGUCGGCGGCGUCGUCAUAGCGACCGUGAUCGUCAUCACCCUGGUGAUGCUGAGGAAGAAGCAGUACACCUCCAUCCACCACGGAGUCAUCGAGGUGGACGCCGCCGUCACCCCCGAGGAGCGCCACCUGUCUAAGAUGCAGCAGAACGGCUACGAGAACCCGACCUACAAGUUCUUUGAGCAAAUGCAGAACUGAGGAGAACUCACUCACACUCACACACACACACACACCAAUCCCCUCCCACGCAUCACACUCCCCUCCCUCCCUCCCUCCACCCCCACCCGACCCCCCACCCUCCCCCCUCAACUAGGGUCCCAACAGGCAGUGUGGUUGCAAUAGUCCGUUACGAGCGUGCGGAGCGACUGUAGCCGGGAGUUUUCCUCUUUCAUUUUCGAGCCAGUUUGCACCACGUUGGUUCACUUUAUUGGAGCGAAGACGCCUUUUUUUUUUUUUUUUUAAAUUAAAAAGAAAGGAGUUUUUAUACGUUCGCUCCGUCUGGGCCUGCUGAUGUAUGGGGGAAAAAUAAAUAAAUUAAAAAAAAAAAGGCCCCGCCCAGUGACACAAACCCAUUCUCUGGGGGAAGAAGGAAGAAGCACGUCUCUCCACACUGAUUCAGGGCCAGUGUAUAGUUUUUUUUUGUUUUGUUUUUUUUGGUUUGAGAUGGUUUUCGAGUGAUCUGACCUCUGAUCAGUUUAUGCGCAUGCUGAUCUGGAAAAAAAACGCCGUUUUUAAAUCAUUCAUGGAGACGUUUAAUUUGCUUUAAUCAAACCGAGGCUUAAGUCGAGCAACAUGAUUUAUUAUAAAUGAGGCCCAGUGUUUCCCCACCUACUGCACCACUACUGCACUCUCUCUACAGUCUACACUGGAGUAUAAGUGAGCCUCCUCUCCCUCCUCCUUCUCCUCCACCUCCUCCUCCUUCAUCCAUCCUUCCCUCCAUCCUCUUUUCUUUGCGCAUUCUUACGACAGCUGGGCUGUGUUAAGACACACAAGGCUCUUAAGGAUAUCUGGAGACGCUGACGAUAAACGUGUCGAUGAGGACGGUAGUAAUUACGUAUUCCGAAUGAGCUGUUUUUAAUUCUUUUUUUUUUCUCUCUCUAUCGUUUCCAGUUUUGUUUUUCAAAAAAGACGGAAAAAAACUCAGACAAAAAAAAAACAACCAAAAAAAAAUACAAAAAACGAGAAAUCAACCGAUGUAAAGUCCUUUUUUUAAAUUACGUGUAAUGUUACUGGAGUAAUGCUGAAGUCUUAGCUGUUCCUAUGUAGUGCAUGACAACAAUGACGACAGGAUUUGGAAGAUCAAAAAAAAAAAAAUUAAAUCUUAACGCUGCUCUCUCUUUCUCUUUCUUUCUCUCUCUCUCUCUCUCUCUCAAGAUCCUUUCUCACGUAUAGAUUGUUCAUUCUAGCAAGAUUGUAAAUUUAGUAUCUUCUCGUGAUCACGUGAGUUCAAGCGAUGACGACGUAUAAAUCUAGACGAUGCUUUGAUAUCAUGUAAAAUACACAUUUAAAGGAGAUCUGUGAUUUUUUUUUGAUUUUUUUUGAUUUUUUUGUUUUUUAAUUUUAAACCCUGCUGCUUUCCUGAAGCUGCAGGAGGGCGCACGGCUUCAUCUCUUGUUUGUGUACCCUCCUCAUUCACUGAUUUGUGUUGAAAAUCCUUACUCGUAGGGGCUCUCGGAGAUCUUUCCUCGUUUCGGUUCCUGUGUAUUUUUUUUUUAAAAAAUUUUGAGAAGGGCAUGUCGGUGAGGGUGGAGGGGUAGGAAGGAGGUGCGCGGCGUGGGGUGGCGUGGCGUGGCAUGGGAAGCCGGGUUAGGAUUAUAUCUGCGUGUAUGUGUAUGUGUCAUUUUCAGUCUGGUGUUUUCGUCCAAUUGUGAGCCUUCGUUUUGUAAUCAUUGUGCGGACAGAGCAGGUGGAGGAGGAAGGAGAGGUGGAGAGGAAAUGACUUGCAGUUCCGGAUGGAUAACCAGCCAGGCAGGCAGUCUGUACAUAUAAUGGAUUUUCACUUCCCCCUGCACCUCCCUUUCCUCUCCUUCCUCUUCCUCCAGCCAUGCGUCUCACCUCAACCCCCCUCACAUGCAGACGAUAGUCGGAGGUAAAUGCAAGCCGGGGCGAGGAUCUCCGUUCAUCCACAUACAACACGCGGUCAGCUCAGAUUAACGGUUUGUCACCAUCUCCGCGGGGAAAGAAACACAGCGCGGCCUCUUAAAUCUGCGAGGAAAUGGUGGGUGAAAUGUACGCACGGCGGUGGCUGCGGUGGGGUGGUUUUCAGAAGGCGCUCGUUAGAAGCCCGACAGAGGGCAGUAGAGAAGAAGAAGAGGAAGCAGGAUUUUCUUUCUAUCUUUUUUUUUUUCCACGGGUUAUAUAUUGGUUUUUGUUUUUUUGUUUUUUUCCACUGUGUAAUAUUGUGCAGGCCAUUUGCAUUGACUGGGCAAACGCUUUCUACACUGUAUUCCAUAAUAAAGUUUUGAAUGUACAUACAAAA